ACUUACAGACCUCUAUUAUGUUCAAAUGGAGAUUCCCUGUUGUUUACAAGAUACAUGCAAAUCAGAUAAAUCCGUCUUUCACCUGUAUUUCGCAUUUACAUAAAUGGGAUUUUAACGCCAUUAAAUAAGUCAAUAACACUGCGCGUGCUACAAGAACGGAACAUGUUAAAGUAUAUUUUGUUGUGUUUCUGUGGUAUGAUAUCGCUAUGUGCCAUUUCUAAAGCCUGCAGAUGCUUCACACGGCACCCCCAGAUCAACUUCUGAGAAGCAGAUUAUGCGAUUAAGGCAGAUAUUCUAAUGGAGGACGUAAUCGGUCAAUUCGGAGGGAGGAGAUACAGAGUUAAAGUACUGAAAAACUACAAGAGUGGGUAUGCAAAGCCAUUUGAAUUUUCCGAGGUUUGGAUAUAUUCACCAGAAACUUGCAGAGUAUCUUUGGACACAAGAAGUACAUAUGUUAUCACAGGUGCUAUAAGAGAUGAUAAUUUCACGGCUAGCAGCUGUUCUUGGAAUGUCAAAACAUCUGAUUUAACGACUUUCCAAUCCAAUGCCCUUAGACAUGGUGUCUACAAAAAGAAUUGCAAUUGCAAGAUAAAAGAGUGUCCACAAAAUGACUGUAACCAAGGAGAAGGUUGUUUUGCUCCAUACGAUAAACGAUUUUGUUAUCACCAAAAGGCUGUGUGUAAGCAGUCUCCAUAUUCAAAAACUUGUGAAUGGACCUCCAAUACUUGUUAAUAGUCGUUAUUUGGGAUCACAAAGAAACUAUUAAAAAAUACAUGAAUUCAUUUUUAGAUUGCUUAUUAACUUUCACGAUCACCUAAACAGUACAGAUUAUUAAUAUUAGUAAUACAAAAAUGCACAUGGAAACAUUGUGGUAAAAAACCAAGAAUUGCCUGCACCAGAGUUACAGCUUACAUCUUUGGUUUUUCAACACGUGUGAGAUGGUGUUUGUAAAUUAUAAUAUUAAAGGAAUUUACCAAAAAGUGAUAAUUGUGCAAUUUCGCAAAAAAACAUACUUUUAUUUUUAUUACAUCAGUCUAUAUAGCAAAAUUGAGGUAAGAUAGUGAACACGCUUUUGAGGAUAAAAGUAAGUUUGUAAGGUUGAAUUUUAUUAUUGAAUAAUUAUGCAAUGAGUGAAUUUAUUACCUGGAAUGUUUAAAGCGUAUGCAUAGACAUUAAAAUUUGAUACAAUUUUAAAUAAACUAGUUGAGUUAAUUCAUAUCAUGCAUGCGCGAUACAAAUUUUGGUGAAACAACUUUCAAAAACAUGAUAACCAUGAGCGCGGGUUGAAUAAUAAAUAUCAUAGUGGAAAGUCUCGGGCGAGUUCAUUCACUGGACAAAUAAUGGUUGGCCACACCCAUGAGGAUGUUAACCAGAUGUUUCCAAGGGUGUAAUUGUAUAUCGCCAAAAAAAACUGUCCCUACGAUUUCCAUUUACGAUUUAGCAAUAGAGGCAGACAACCCCAUGCCAAAUGUACAACACCUUGAAAAUAUCUGGUAUUACAGAAAGAUGGGGAUUUAGCCAGAGGUUCAGCUUGUUUGACACAGCAGCCCAACCAGCU